AUAAAGCUUUGGCAGAACGCGUGGGUGAUCAUUCUGGAAGGAGCUUACUAGCAGAAGCAGUACUACCUUCUGUGAAAGAAAAACAAUAAUAUACUUAGUCGAAGUUUUUUUUUUUUUUGUAUCGAUAAAAAACAUUACGGGUAUUUAGUGAACCCCUAAAAACAUGGCAGAAAGCGACUGGGAUACGGUAACUGUCUUGAGGAAGAAGGGGCCCACAGCUGCCCAGGCCAAAUCCAAGCAGGCUGUCACUGCUGCUCAGAGACGUGGGGAGGAUGUUGAGACAACCAAGAAAUGGUCUGCGGGGCAGAACAAACAGCAUCUUGUGACAAAAAAUACAGCCAAACUUGACAGAGAGACGGAGGAGCUUCACCAUGAAAGGGUUACGCUAGAGGUGGGCAAGGUCAUUCAACAAGGUAGACAGGCCAAAGGACUUACCCAGAAAGACUUAGCCACUAAAGUUAAUGAGAAGCCCCAAGUUAUCGCUGACUAUGAGGCUGGAAAAGCAAUACCCAACAAUCAGGUCAUGGGCAAAAUCGAGCGAGCAAUUGGCCUAAAGCUGCGUGGGAAGGAUAUUGGCCUACCCCUGGAAGCCAAUCCCAAGAAGAAAUGAACACAAAGCCUCGAAAUCAGCCCUCCCCACCCUUGUAUGAAACCUGACCCCUACCCCAACCCUUGUCCCUGUUAAGCCCCCUCCGUCCCUUUACCUUUACCUUACCUUACCUUACCUUACCUUACCUUACCUUACCUGGGCUGAUCUCACCAGUGUCCUUACCUGAGGACCUGGUGCUCCCACUGCAUUGCUGGCUGCGUACUAACAAGUCAUCUGAAACACUCUGUUGAUCACAUUAACGAAUGAUUGAAUGCUUUUUUUUUUUAGCAUCUCAAACUUUAAGUUCAGUAAAUUUCUUUUCACCUAUGUCUGUUUAGGCUUUGGCAUGAUGAAAUUCCACUUUUCUAUAAAUGAAAAGGUGAUUUCUUCCUCAUGAUCAAACAAGUAUGACUAACUUCUAACCUGAGCAUGAUUUUAAAUCAGAUGUGCUUGAUUUUCAGACAGUGGGUGGAUGUUAUUAAAGUGAAAUGUUUUAAUGCUGUGCUUUGUUUUGAUCUAAAAAUAAAGUUUGGCAGUUCAUGA